UGUUUAUCUUCACCCUCUGUGUUUGUCUCCAGCGCUCUGGCUCUCAAGGAACCUUCCGGUACCAUCCUGUUUUCUCACAACAGGAAGAGCUUGGAAUAUUUCCUGAUAGAUAAGAUGGUAAAUCUGAGGCCCGGGGAAGGAAAGCAUCCUCUGCGUGGCUGAGCUGUGGUCCCCGAGCGAAUACCCAGUCUGGGGUUCGAUAGACUAAUGCUCCUACCCAGUCCUUGUCUGGCAGGCUGGGGCAUGCAUGCAUCCGGGCCACUUAGGAGUCUAGGCAGGGGACUGAGUCUAGGCAGGGGACUGUCUCUCAGGCCUUUCUCCUUGGCCUCUGCUGGGUACCUGGGGGCUCCUCUCGACUAGCCUACAAGUCCUCUUUGCUGUCAGCACCCAUGGCUGGGCUGAGACACCUUCAGUAUAAAAGGUCAUGAUAAGGUCAGGGAUGCCUGGGAGCAUAUAGGGGAACUUGGGUCCAUCUUGCUUUGCCCAGUGCCUCCUGGGUUCCCAGCUCCACAGCCACGAGGGCCACCUGCACAGUCUGGUGAUGGGUGAACCCCACCUCAGCAGCCAGCCCCUUAUUCCUUUGCUCAGCUGCUUCUGAGCCUGGGCACGCCCUGGCUGCUUGGUGCAGCCCCUCAGGUUCACUAUCAUCCUAUCCUGGAACGUGCAGGAGGGCAGGGCCCUGUAUUUCCUUCCCGUGCUCACUACUGGAUCCUUACGCCGGUGGCUGGCAUAUAGAAGGUGCUCAGUAAAGACCGUGGAAAGAGCAAAUGUGAUGUUGUGUGUGAGUGGUUAUGUGUGUGUGGCUGUGUGCAUGUCUGCGCCAACUGUCGGGGGCUUCCUGCCUCUCGGGGCAAUCUCCCGGCACACGUCAAAUAAACAGAGCCUGCAAGAUGUUAGACAGGUGUGUAGUCAGGUGGGCUGCACGGGGGGGGACCCCUCCCCUUGAGAGCAGGUGUGUAGUCAGGUGGGCUGCACGGGGGGGGACCCCUCCCCUUGAGAGCAGGUGUGUAGUCAGGUGGGCUGCACGGGGGGGACCCCUCCCCUUGAGAGCAGGUGUGUAGUCAGGUGGGCUGCAUGGGGGGGACCCCUCCCCUUGAGAGCAGGUGUGUAGUCAGGUGGGCUGCACGGGGGGGGACCCCUCCCCUUGAGAGCAGGUGUGUAGUCAGGUGGGCUGCACGGGGGGGACCCCUCCCCUUGAGAGCAGGUGUGUAGUCAGGUGGGCUGCACGGAGGGGACCUCUAGAUGGCUGUCAGUGGCAAUGCUGGUAGUCUGGGCCCAGGGGAUGGCACUCUGGGUCCCCAUUCAGACGGGCCAAUACCUGGCUCCGGAGACUUGGGCAAGUGGCAGGCCUCGUGCUCCUCACUGGUAAAACAAAGGAGUCGAAGUAGGUCAGUAGGUUCCACAUCAAGCAGAUGGUCAGAGCCUUCGGGGCGCUUGUUGAGAGCACAGAACCCUGGCCCUACCUGCAACCCUCUCGAGCUGGAGCCCGGGAAUCAGCGUUUCCAUUUGCAGAAAUGUGGCGCGGAGACAAUGAUCCUCCCUCCAUCCAGGAAUACCGUGGGAACGAGUGAGGUCAAGAAGACAACACAAGCGAGCGUGCAGUGCAGUGCGAACGCCUGGACUAUUUGCAGGCUCCAUAAGGCUGUGCUCUCCAUCUGGCUCGUUCGGACCCUCGCCCUCGCUCACUCGCCGAAGCAAACUGCCAUGUCGGGGAGGCUCCCGUGCCAGGAACCGAGGGUGGCCUCUGGCCCGAAGCCCAAAAGGGUGAGGCUGGAAGCAGGUUCCUCCCCCGCCAAGCCUUCCCCUGGGACCCCGCUCCUGGCUGACAUCCUGACUUCUGACAGGGGCCCAGCCAGGCAUUUCUGGAUUCCUGACCCGCAGAAACUAUGAGAUGAUAAACGUGUGUUGUUUUACGCCACUUCGUUUGUGCUAAUUUGUUGCGUAGCAAUGGAUAAAUAAUACAGACGUCUCCUUCGGGAUGGCUUCCCCUGAUUCUCUUCAUGCCCCGUCGGGGCCGGGGCCCCUCCCCUGCUCGCGUUCAUCAGAGCCCGGCACGCACUCUUUCCGGCAUGACAUUGGUCUACUUGCCUCCUUCUCGAGGUAGGGACCACGUUCCUUUUCCCCCCGGGGCCGGGCCCUGCGCCUGGCACCCAGCAAGACUGCAAUUAAUGUUUGCCGAGUG